UCCCUCUCUUUAAUUGUUUCUGUCCACGUGGGGACUGUCUUGUUUGGCUCUUUAUUGCUGGGAUUUACUUCUGAUUUUUCGGCCAUUUGGAAUUGGUAUUUGAUGAAUUUAUCUGUUUGUAUUAUUUUAAUGGGCCCGUUGACUAAUGCAAUUGUACUUUAUAUGAACAGUAUCGACUAUUACGAUUUAUUCAAAAUAUUACUAAACGACACAAAAACUGUUCUCUUAAAAUUCCUAAAUUUAAUAUUAAAAACAUGCCGAAUUUCCAUACAAAUUAACAUCCAAACAACUAAAACAGCAACAGUGAAUCCACAGCAAAAUCAACAAAUGUAUUGCUUAUCAAAUUCAACUAGGACUACUGUUAGAAAUGAUCUAGGAUCACCUUCUAUUAGAGUCACUCCUGUAAAGAAUACUCUCUAAUUGUAAGGGAAUUUGUGGUCCUUUUAGACUAAUCAUGUUCCCUUUGCACUACUUCUGUUUUCUUCACACUACGAUGUUCCCUUUGCAUUACCCAUGGUCCCUUCACACUACACAUGUUCUUUUCACACUACCUAUGUUCCCUUCACAUUACUUAUGUUCUGUUCACACUACUCAUGUUCCCUUUACACAACUUAUGUUCCCUUCACACUACUUUAUGUUCCGUUCACACUACUUAAGUUACCUUCACACUACUUUAUGUUACCUCACAUUACAUAGUUUGCUCCUUUACUCGAAUAUUUUUACCACACAUGUAUUUUCACCACACAAUCUAAUCUGUUUAAGGAUCCAGAAAAUCCAAUUCCUGGAAU